AUGACAUUCUCGUCGCCUGCGAGGCGCAAUCAGUUGCUUUCAAGCCCGGAUCGCAACAUAGCAGCAACUUUCCUUCUCGACUCACGAAACAAUGAACUGAACCAUAGGGAUGCUCUGGCUGCAGCACAACUAGAGCAUGACCGCGUACGGCAAGCAGCUAUACGGGUGUAUGAGCUCCAUGAGUUACAGGAAGAGCACAAGCGCAUUGUUGCUGAGGAGCGUAGAGAGGAGGAGAGACUCAAAGCGGAAGCUGCAGUAGUCGCGGAAGAAAAAAGACUGCGGGAACUCAAGGCAAAGACGGUCCCUCGUUUACCCCCAGAGCAGCCCGCACCGCAACCAUCUCCAGCCAAACCGGAACCUACGAAGACGAACGGAGCAACUCAAAUCAAAGACGCGGCACCGGCCUUAGAUGUAAAGAAACCCGUUGUCUCUCCUGCGUCAGUCCCGGCAUCAGCUUCCGCUACGACAGCAAGUUUUACUCAAACGAAACCGAGCAACCCAUUCGGCACCACACAACCUGCUUCUGAAAGCCUAUUACCGAAGCCAAACGGUGCUACAGCACAAUCUACAGCCCCAGCUACCACGACCAUUCCUCAGCCGGCAAUCAAAUCUGCAGCACCCACAGUACAGCCUGUGCCGUCUAAAUCUGCACCCAGCAUCGACCGCUAUUCCCAGAUUCACCAAGAGCUCAAGAAAUUACGAAAAGAGUUGCAAGCUCAAUCCAAGGUCGCCGGGUCGCCUCUGAAGGGCAAGCUCGGUGCUGCUCGACGAGAAAUUCGAGUUGCUAUUGGUCAAUUGACGGGUGGAAAGGGUGCAAAUGCCCAACCUAUCAACAAAAUUACGGCAGCACUGAAAGAGGCUUUGGAAGGCCGGAUACCAAGCCCACCGAUUGAUGUCAAUCUCUUUGUGGUUGAUAAAAGAGAGCCCGUGGAAAGCUCUCCAAAUAACGAGGCUACACUGCCCUCCCUCUUCAUAUAUCUCAUAAACAUCUGCGCCAAGGGUAUUGUCAGCCAGUUCAUUAACGAGGGUGGCGCAAAUCCUAAGUCAGCAGAUCCUGUUGGUGUAUUUGCAGCUCAUAUCUUUUCCACCAAGGAAUUCCAAUGGCGAGGUCAGUCUUUAGUCGAUAUUCUCAUGGCCAAAUAUCGAAUAGUGUGCCCAGUGCUAUUCGGACAUAGAGGCAGUGACAAAACUGAACGUGGCCGUAUGGCAAUCGGCUGGAAGAAGGAUGGGCCAUCAUGGAUUACCGAACAAAGCCAUAACGAUAGGAUGACUGGCCUAGGCGCUGGCUUUGCUUCUCUGUCUUUGAGAGAUUUCGGCAAAUCUUCCAAAAAGAACCCCUACCCACCCACGAAUUACUGGAGGGCACUCGCUUACAUUGUCAACUCACCACCCAAUGAGACGUCAAACACUCAAUAUGUGGUGCUGCGAUCCAUGAUUCAGGGACAUGAGCAGCGUUUUCUCAAUUUCUACGGCAAUGCAGCUUUGGCAGCACUACGACUUGCUCUCGUCGAGUUUCCCAAGAAGGCACCGCAAAAUGCGACUGCUGCUGGCUCCUUGGCUGCUCUGGCAGACGUGCUCAAGACCGAAUCUGGUUUGAUCUUCACUUAG